GCAGUUCAUUGUGUUUGCAAGCCACGCCAAGCUUUGCGGGAAAGUGUUAUUUCUACAAAAGUUACUGCCAUAAACAAAACCGCGUUGUAAUCUUCGGUGCAUUUCCCAUCGACAAAGGCAAUAACAUGAAGCGUGGAAACGAGGAUGCCAGCGAUGGUGCGAAUGAGGAACAAGUGUCAGCAGAACUGGAUGGUUCCAACGAUGAGCAGAAUGCAAAAAAUAAUGCUCAAGCGGAGGAUUCGUCCGAUUCCAGUACAAAGUCGUCGGUGAAGCGAAUGCGGUCCGAAGAUCAGGAGGUUCGGCUGUUGAUUCCGAGCAAGAUGGCUGGAGCAAUCAUCGGAAAAGGAGGCCAUAAUAUCCAAAAGUUACGGACAGAGUAUCAAGCCCAAGUGAAUGUAGGCGACUGUACUGGCCCCGAACGUGUUCUUACUAUUGGUGGCGAUAUGGAGACGGUGACGAAGGUCGUGAAGGACGUGAUGAAGCAUCUUGAUCGGGCUGGAGAUAAUGAGUACGAGCUGAGAAUACUGAUCCAUCUAAGUCUGGCCGGAUGCGUCAUCGGUCGCGGUGGCAGCAAAAUCAAGGAGAUAAAGGAUGAAAUUGGAUGUCGGCUGAAGAUCUUCUCAAACAUACCACCGCAAAGUACAGACCGCAUUGCUCAAGUAAUAGGCAGCGAGGAACAAUGUCUGAAGACGCUAAACGAGAUCAUCAAGCUGAUCAAAGGCACACCGAUAAAGGGCCCGGUACAUAACUACGAUCCGCACAACUACGAUGACAUGUAUGCGGACGAGUACGGUGGCUACGGUAUCGGUGGUGGUGGCGGUGGUGGCAGCGGUGCUUUCCGUAAUGGUGGCCGUAAUGCUGGCGGUGCUGCACCCGGUAGCGGAUACGAUCGACGCGGCGGCGAUCGGUACGAUGAUCGAGGUGGCCGCUCCAACCGUGGGUACGAUCGGGGCAACGAUCGUGCCAACCGUGGAGCGGGUGCAGGUGUUGGUGGAGGUGGCGGCGGUGGAAUGAGAGAUCGAGACUACAUCAACCCGUGGGCGAACCCCAUCAAUGGAAAUAAUAUGGGUGGCAGCUUCGGGGGUGGCAACAGCCUCGCCUUGGGUAAUCUCGGAAGUCUGAAUCUGGGGGGUGCCGGUGGCAAUCUCGGCAACGGCAGCCUGGGAAACUUUGGUGGUGGUAACAACGGUGCUAUGGAUAACAAAGCCUCAACGCAGGUUACAAUUCCCAAAGACCUGGCUGGUGCGAUCAUUGGCAAGGGAGGCGGUCGGAUACGUCGCAUUCGGAAUGAAUCAAACGCUUUCAUCCAGAUAGACGAAGCCUUACCUGGAUCGAAUGAUCGAAUCAUUACGAUCACGGGAACACCGAAGGAAAUUCAAGCCGCGCAGUACAUGUUACAGCAAAGCGUUCGUGAAAACCUGAGCGGUGGCGCUGGAUCGGGUGGCGGUUUCAAUCGCAACUAAGCGCCGCAUGUUUUGUUGGAAAUGUAGGCGUGCCGUUUGUGCGGUGUUUUCUAUUUCCACGGGAGUAGCUGCGUGCGUUUGUAUGUGCCGCGUAAACGCUGCAUAAUAAAGCGGAAAUAAAGAGGAGGGUAGAUGGAAGUGCGUAGAACAUAGUUGGGUCUUUUAGAACUGCGUAGGACACAUGGUAGGAUAAACGUAUAAGAACAGAAACAGCCUAGUCUCCUCCACCUAGCGCGUAUCGUGUCAAUAGUCGAAGAAGAAAUAGAAACACACCACGGGGAGGUGUAGUAAGAGAUUGAGCGACUGCAUCCAUUCGCUGUUAGACUACGUACAUUUUAUCUCCGACAGUCCCGAUCAUACGAUCAGCGCCCGUAACGAACAGCAUUUUACAACGAUUUAUCCCGUGUCAUCCGAGCCGUAGGUGUGGCAAGCAAGCUUGCUUGCAUCGGUGUUCAUAGGAAAGUUUCUUAGUUGUGCCCAGUACUAGUAAACGAAUACUAAACUCGAUGGAGCAUGUGAGGAUUAAUUAUAGUCAGUCAGUCGUGGUUUUUUUUCAUUUAUUAUUUCUUCAAGGGAUUAAUGGUUCGCUUCACUUCACUGGCAUCGUGUGCUACAGCAAGGAAUUUUGUGUACCGUAGGUUGUAAACCGAGAAGAAAAUAUAUAUGAUUUUGCCUAGUGCAUCACUAGAGAGAGAGAGAGAGAGAGAGAGAGAGAGAUAGUUAAAAAGAGAGGAACCUUUACAUUGGCUCCGGGUCAAUAAUAAUACGGGCAUUUUCUUUACGUUUAGUAGUACAGUUCGGCAGUUAAUGUCCGGGCAGGGUAUUUAGUUUAUAGUUUUACGUUCAUUUUGUAGUUUCAGUUCUGAUUGAGCGAGAGCGAUUUGUUUAAAGAUUUCUACAAAACCAAGAUCCCCCAGGUAACGCCGCACGGAGUGGGGAGAACGGUGCUGGAAUACGGAAUGGAAACAUUUUUCCAAAACAAAAAAAAAAAACCAAUGUAAUGUUAAGUGUCUUUCUUCUAACCAGCAUAAAAUUCCAGUAAUCUCAUGAACUUAAAUAAAUCGUACUAGAAAGAGGUCCAUAGUUCUCAUUAAGGCUUAGGCUGUCCAGUAAAUACUAUUCCUCUUCCUUUCAUACACCCUGCUACUAGUAUUUGAACCAGUGUUAGGAAGGCCACACGUAUAUUCUAUCGAAUUCUCCAUUUACUCCCAUUACAUGCAUUAUGCCCUGCGUGUGUGUGUGUGUAAAGAGCAUAGUAACUGGGCAGGCGGUGCGAUCACUCAAUCCUCAACGCAUUUGGUCAGAUUGUUCUACUUCCAUUUACGAUAAGCGGGGUGAUGAUGAACUAACCAUAUAAUCAACCAUCCAACCAGCCAUCCAAUGAACCAAAACAACGACACACACGCACGUACACCCACCAUUUCAAGCCCUCUGGUGCCAUACAGGGCCCAUAGCUUUUGAAAUGUGUGAUUUGAACUUUUAAUAACUCGUACGAUUUCAUCUCCUUUACACAACCCCACUUGCGGGUGUGUGUGUGUGUGUGUGGGUGCGUGUUGUCGCCAGUGUUAGUGUGGGGUAACAGUGGGGAAAAUAGAAAAGCGAAGUCGCGCCAUUAAUAGUACAUUAAAUGUAAUUGAAACAGCAACAAACAAAUAAGCAGAACGAAGAAAAAACACUUUCACACCCACUUACACACAGCAUACACAAGCAAACCAAAUGUAUUGAAAGUGCUCUAAACUCUAUGCGCUGUUAUUAGCGAUAGAUAAAAAAGAAAAACCAAGCAAAAAGCAGAAAAAUAUAUUAGAUGGUAAAACAAACAAAACAAAAACUUAACAGUUGUCUUUUAGAAAUGUAAACCAAUAUGCAGGAGAUGUGGAAAAUGUGUUGUAAGAAGUUGAAAAACAAAAGAGAAACAUCUAAAAUUGCGAUCCGAAAGCAAGCAUGCUCGUAUACAGCAAGAAUACAGAGCACAGAGAACAGAAGGUCAAUAGAAAGUAGACACACCGUGUGGGGGGUGAAGUGUUAUUAGUUGCAAACCAGACCAGAGACUAAUUGCAAUGACAGAAUGGCAGACCGGAAAGGAAUGCAAAAACGAAAUUGUAGUGCUAAAGAACUAUAUAUAUAUAAAUAUAUGGAUAGAGUUGGGGGAAAUCUUACUUGUUCCAUUUUUGUAAAAGAAUGUAACACACUCAGUAAUGAAUGGGUAUACUUAAUGGAAACAAAAGUGGCUCCGGCUAUUCAAACAGCACUUCUUUCACUGAAGGAGCUAAUACCAA